UACUGAUAGAAUCACGCUAGGUAAUCUAAUUUGUACAUSUUUUUGGUGAUAUGGAGGAGCUUAACGCUAUCAAACGUGAGCUUAAGUGUUGGGAAAGCAUGUUUGAAAGAAAACAUGGAAGACGUCCGAACAAGGAUGACAUCAAGAAUUCGUCUGACGAGAUACGAGAUACCUAUAUUAAAUACAAACACUUAAAAGAGGCAAAUAUUAAGGAGAAGAAGAAGUCAGAUGAAGAUGAUGAUGAUGGAGUCUUUGGUAAAAAAUUGAAUAAAAAAUUUGAACACAAGCAGCCGCUUGCCUCAGUAAGACUGAAAGGAUGGGAAAACAUYAAACCUGUUCGUCUGUGUCAUGGGCAGAGASUUAAACCUAAGACUACUUCACCCACUAAAACAAAACCAGAGGUAGAAAAUGUUACUUACAACCAAACUAAAGACAAUGAAAUAGAUGAAAUUGGUUUKAAUUCUGUUUCCAUAUCAAGCGCCAUUAAAACUCCAAGAAUCAGUCAUACUUCAGCUCAGAAAACAAGCAGUUUAAGAAAAACCCCAGGUACAGCAGAAUCAAGACUAAAGAGAAGGGCAUCUCUGUUUGCUGCCUCUCUGAAAAAAAUUGACCAUUCGAUCAAAGACACUGCAGACUUUUCCUCAGAUGUGAUGUCAUCACAUGACCUAUCUUCAUCUGAAGACUUUGGUAAACAGAAAGAGACUAUAGGUGUACUGAAAUAUGAAGAAUUUGAAAGUAAUGACUCUUUUGUUUGUGAAUCUAAUGAGUUAAGGCUGCAUAAAGAAGAUAAAGUACUACAUGAAAAUAAGGAAUUCAACAGUACAAAUACAGAUACAGUUGACAAGGGCUUUGUACAAUCUUCUCUGGCAGGAAAACAUGUARACUCCAUGGAUGUUACACAUUCAAUUUCAGAAGAAGAGAUGAUGUAUGAAGAAAGGAAAUUAAAUUCUAAGCUAUCAAAAAACCAAGAAGGCGAAAUCCCACUGGAUUUGGUAGAUCACACAACAGGAGGUCUGAGUUCAAAGAAAMCAACUUCAUCUCCAAAAAUUAAAGUGACAGAAAUGAAAUCAGGAGUUGAAACAAGUGAUGCAAUGAGUGAAGAAACCAGAGAAUCCAUUAAAAUGGAUAGAGAACAAGAAAAUAAAGAAGUUAAUGAAAUUACCAUGACUACAAAAGAUACUCAUGAYGUCUGCAGUAUUUCUGAACAUGAAAAAAUACAAAAAGAGGAAAACCAAAGAAAAAGGAAAGCAAAUGAGGAUGUGGAGGUACCUGAUACAAAGAAAGUAAGACUAGCAAAGGUGGAAGAUGAUAKKGAAAAUGAAGAUGGCAGUAUUUCAGAUGAAGGUCCAGAUGACACAUUUGAAGAGGUUAAAGUCAAAAAUAGUUCUUCUAAAUCAAGGUCCUCCUCAUCCAGUCUUGUYAGUGACAAUUUUGUAAGACUGGACAUGAAGCAUAAGGCUUAUCGUCGCCGUGGUCAUGGAAUGACAGGAUCAGCCUAUAAACGCAGAGCAUUCAAUAAUAUUAUGAAAGCACGUGGUGAAUAUGUCAGUAAAUCAAGCUGGUCACGACGAGGUGCUGGUGGGCGUGGCAGGGGUAGGGGGUCAUUUGGUAGCUCAAAAGGAGCGACAGGGACUUGUUUUAAGUGUGGACAGGAAGGRCACUGGGCCAAGAAUUGUAAAGGGAAAAUGUCAACGGCUGCCAGAGAAAUUCCUGAAGAUGAUGAUGAUGMGAGAGAGGAAUUUGCUCCUGAAGAYGAUGAYUUCAUCCAUGAACUUACCCUUGAGAAAGCUGCACAGAUGGCUGCUGGGAUUGCUGUUGAUGAAGAUGCAGAUGGCAGCAGUCUUGUAGUGCUACCCCACCAACUGCCACGCCCUGCUUAUGUACCUCCCCCUCCCCCCGAUGCUAUUGAACCAUUGUUUGAGACAGUUGAUGGGGAAAUAAUAGAAACACCCAAAAAAGUGUAUGCAGCCUUGGGUCAGCUGGGGUUCUCUACGUUCCGCACUGGUCAAGAAGAAGCCAUCAUGCGCAUUCUCAGUGGUAAGAUUGGUGGUCUUCCAUUUGGUUUAAAGGGMGCUUGUCUUCACACUAACCARACUAAAGCACAAAGAGAUAAAAUCAUAGACAACAUUGUAUCAGGAAAGAUWGCUGURCUUCUUCUSUCUCCUGARGCGUUAGURGGUAGUGGAUCAGGSGGUGGGUGUCUGCCAUCAAAUGCACGUUUGCCACCCAUUGCYUUUGCAUGCAUCGACGAAGCUCACUGUCUGUCUGAAUGGUCCCACAACUUUAGACCRUCGUACCUYCGUGUGUGUAAGGUUCUUCGGGAGCGCUUCGGAGUUCGUUGCUUUCUCGGUCUGACAGCGACUGCUACACGUGCUACUGCAGCGUCAGUCGCGCAGCAUCUUGGGAUAUCUAAUGACGAGGGGGCUGUCAUCAGAGGUGCCGCGGUUCCCCCUAAUUUGUACUUAUCUGUGUCACGUGACCGCGACCGGGAUAAGGCGUUGAUAGAACUUCUACAAGGUCCUCGGUUCUCAAAUUGUGAGUCUAUCAUCAUUUACUGUACGCGUCGUGAGGUAACAGAACGUGURGCGACGCUCGUUAGAACAUGUCUCCAACACAUGACACCCUCAGCACCAUUACCAGCAAAUGAUGAUGAAGAAGRAGAGGAAACGUCAAAAAAGAAAGCCAAAAAACGUGGUAAGAAGAAAGCUGCAAAAUCUCCUCUAACCUGGGAGGCGGAGAGCUACCACGCGGGAAUGAGCGCAGCACAACGGCGACGCGUUCAAAAGCGCUUCAUGUCAGGUGAACUGAGGAUUGUAGUCGCGACAGUAGCGUUUGGUAUGGGUUUGGAYAAGUCAGAUGUUCGUGCCAUYAUUCAUUACAACAUGCCAAAGAGCUUUGAAAGCUACGUCCAGGAAAUUGGACGCGCGGGACGAGAUGGUUUACCUUCUCAUUGUCACGUGUUUCUCGAUCGUGAGGGUAAAGAUAUGUAUGAGCUAAAACGUCACAUUCAUGCAAACACCGUGGAUCGAGUGGUCGUCAAAAAGCUUGUAAAUAAACUAUUCCCUCGGUGUCASUGCAAGAAAYUGCACGAUUYACAACAACAACGCRAAMGUCGACRWCAAUCAGAUSAAGUGGAYCARAUGGUUAAUGAAAAUGAAGAGUUUGUGWCAGACGAGAUAUUGAGUCAAAUUUGCGAGGAGCAARGCAAUACCAUCGCAGAUAAAGGUCUUGAAGUKGAAAAAAUGGAACGAAUGAUCGGCGUUACUGAAGGUCAAGGAAAUGACAAAAUGGAACGACUGAACAGCGUUACUGACGAUCAAGGAAAUGACGAAAUGGAACGAAUGAUAAGCGUUAAUGAAGAUCAAGRAAGUGACAAAAUGSAACGAAUGAUCGGCGUUACUGGYKAUCAMGAAAAUGACAAAAUGGAACGAAUGAUCGGCGUUACUGRCGAUCAAGGAAAUGACAAAAUGGAAGGAAGGAUCAAUGUUCCAAAUGAUGAAAUAGAACCAAUGACCAUUUCAAAGCAUAAUAGUCAUGCCGUUAAUCAUAAUGAUUCCGAUGAAGACGUGGAGGGAAAUUCUUCUGGUCAAUCAAGACUUCGCAUUUGUGGAGGACAUGACGUUGCCAUAGCAAUCGAGUCAGCAGUUCAAGAACUGGAUAUGCCCGAAGAAAGCAUUGCUACUUUGCUUUGCUACCUUGAGCUGCACCAAAACCGCUGGCUUGAAGUACUGCACCCCGUAAAAGCUACAUGUACCGUGAAGUUCUAUGGUGGUCAUGCGCACUUGAGAGCUGUUGCCAAACGAAUUCCWCCAAUAGCAGCCGCCGUUGUGCAUUGCGAGAAAGARAAACGAUUUAAGAAACAAAGCUCGCUUGUUUUUCCCGUUGUCGAAAUCGCUGAUAAAAUGGGCUGGGACCUAGACCCAGUCUACAAAGAGCUCAGGGCGCUGCAGUGGAAUUCWUCGYUAGCCCCAGACUCCAAGAUGARCUCGUCCGGUCAGUCKGGAAUCUUGGUCGAGUUAAGUGAUCAUGCAAUACAUGUACGGACACCAGGAGACUUAAGUGAUGAAGACAGAGAUGAAGUAUGUGACUUUGUAAAUGACAGAAUACAAGCCGAGGAACGAACACAACUAAAACAGCUUACACAGUUGUAUACGUCCUUAAAGAAUGUCUCUUGCAGUGAGUACUGGCAGUGCUCCGAACAAGUUGAUAAGGAAAGUGAUCAAGAWUUGAAAACACUYAUCAAAGGUUACUUUGACGACAUGAACAACGCUACUCAGAUUGAACUCGAAGCGCUGAAAAAAGAGCGCGUAAAUAAUGACGCAACUAGCARYGAGAGCGCACGUGACGAGCACGUGAACUGGGACGGCAUUUCACGUGAUAUCAGGGCCUUGACGAAUAUACAUCACGACCAGUCGUUCACAGGUCGAGCGGUAGCAAGGAUAUUUCACGGUAUAAGUAGUCCKUGUUAUCCUGCAGAGGUUUGGGGACGAGAUAGACGGUUUUGGCGCAAAUAUCUAGAUGUGGAUUUCAAUAGUCUGAGAAGAUAUGCUACAAGACAACUGCUGAAAUUAAGAUGACUGUCGAACUUGAGACCUACUGAUAAGAAUGACACGAUGUAAGGGUGAACAACAUUUAUACCCGUGAAUAAUACAAGUCAWACUUCUAGACAUAACAUUGAAAAUAUGAGCCGUUAUCGUAAACAAUCUUUAUCGCAAAUGUUAGAGGAGUUAUCUUCUUCUGAGGCGAAUAUUCCAAAAUAUAACUGACUAAAUCUAAAAWUACAUCCUCGUGKWAUAUUUUAGUCWUCUUGUGACGUUGAUAAGCAUUCGUUGGUUGGUUAUUUCAGUUCURCUUGUUUCCAUCGCUCAGUUGUUUGUUUAUCGUUGAUCUCUCAAUGACGUUGUUUUGUGCGCCUUCUUUUCAACUUGCGUUCUUGCUGUUUUGUUUUUGUUCUAUUGCUUUUUUCGCUGUGUUUUCUGCUUUAUUCUCUAUUCGYGUUGUGUUCUUUGUACUU